AAACAAAGCUUCCCCUAUUUGUUCAUGAUCACAAUACUGCAUUGUGAAUAAAAUACCACUAUUAUUAGCUUGAAUUAAUCAUUAAUUAGAAAGAGAUAUGGAUUUCGAUUUAGACGACCCUUUGGAAAAUGACGACAGUUUUUUCGACGACCAUAAAACGAAACGUCCUAGUUUAACUAAGACACCGGAGAAGAAGACCCUGGAUCAGUUAUUAGCAUUUGAUACGCAACCAAAGUCAUCUGCAGGUACAACAGAAGAAACGAAAAAGGCUGAAAGUGUUGCUAAAAAACCGAUGGAUGAUUGGCUUCUUGAUACAACUAAAGAUGCAUCACGACAAGAUAAAUCGAAGAGUACCGAUUUCCUGGAUGACAUUCUACCUAUUAAACCUAAGCCUAAACCAGAUAAACGAGGAACAUCUCUUGAAGACAUUCUAAAAGAAAGCAAGGCAGCCUCUGCAGUGCCUAAAACGACCACUUCUUUAAAGGAUGUGAGCUCAUUAAAUCCUGAUGCAUCUCUUUUUUCGACGGAUGUGGGAAAAUCAGCUAUUCCAGCUGAAAGAAGACGAGGAGGACGACGGGGAUCAGGAGUCGAAGAUAGUUUGGGCUUGGGGUUGUUCAGUGGCGACUAUCAUGGAGAUUUUUUAAAUAAGGAUAAAAAAGAGCCGGUCAAGCCAGUGGAAACUUUUCAGAAAACUAGUACGUCAGGAGUUCCCGAUUGGUUAGGAAUAGGAUCAUCAGGUACCAAGCGGUCAGAAUCUCCGAUUUCUAGGAAGAUUGAAAAAGCUUCAAUCUUGAUUCCAAAAGAAGACCCACCGGUAUUUUCCAAAGAACCUACACCGCUUCAGAAAGAACAACCUCCUCCUUCUUAUGUUACUGAAAAUAAACCAGUUGCUGUUCCAGCUUCCUCUACAUUAUUGCCACAAGAUAUUAAUGCUGGAAUACAAAAUACGUAUUCAGCCUUACAUCAACAGGAGUCACUUUUGUUAGUUUCUCUUCAAUUUAAGAAGUAUGAAGAAGUAUUGAAAGAAAUUCAAGAUAAACAGACAGAGAUUUUAGGCCAACAGGAAAAGCAAUUUAAAAAUUUCGUAGACGAGUAUAUUUUGAAACAACAAAUGGUGGAGAACAAUAUAAGAUUACAACAAGAAAGAAUCAACAAUCAAAUACAAAUGUUGGUUUCCGAUCACGUAGGAAAAUCCGCAGAUAUUAAAUCUACCAAUGAUGAACCGGCCGAAAAAGAAGACAGUUCCCAGGAAGUGCUGAUUCGUAAAAUAAAACAACGACAUGAUGAGGAAUUGUUUCUUAUGGAAGAAUCGUACAAAGGUUCAGUAAAUGUAGAGGAAAAUUUGCGGAAUGAAUUAAAAAACAUAACUAGCUUUUUCAAAGAAAAAUUCAGUGCUUUCAAAGUCAACAACGAAGAACAGAUAACGUAUUACAAAGAAAAAAUGGAAACGAUGGAAGAACAGCAUAGAAAUGAAAUUAAACUUUUAAAAGACGUGUACACUCAAAAAUUGGAAGAUAUUAAGGCAGAACAUGUCAUGCAAAUAGAUUAUAUUAAGGAGAUGAAACAAAGGGAAACGUCCUUUUUGGGUGAAGGUCCUGUACUAACGCAAAAAAUUGAUGCAGGAAUUGAACUGCUGGGUCAUAAUGUUAAAGUUCUACAAGGUAUUGAAGAAAAAGUUAUUCAAAAUUACGACGUAUUGGCUUUAGCACGAGAACAAAGUAUUCAAACUAAAGAAAAGGAAAUAUUACAAAAGUGUCGAGAAUCUGCGGAAAAUGAACGAGCUCACCUUCUCUCUUUGGUCAGAAACUUAGAAUUGAAAUUAGCAGAGCAAAGUACUAACGCUCAAGAGGAUCGAUGGGCUUUACAGCAGGCAUCCGCUACUUUAAUAGCUCGAAGUAAGGCUCUUGAAAGAGAAGCUGAGUACAGCAGGAAUCUUAUAGAAAGAGAAAGGGAACAACUUAAGACUUUAAAAGAAUCUUUGUUGACCGAACAAGAAAGACUGUUAAUGCAAGUAACUGAAGAAAAACUACAACUAGCUUCAGAAAAAGCCAAAUUUGAAACUUCCACUAAACUAGUUAAUUCAUAUGAGGUAGAACGUGCCAAAGCAGAAGCCGAAACAGCAAUUUCGGAAGCCAAAAAUUUAACUGACAGACUGAAUCAAGAAAGAAAUCUAUUACAGCGCCAAAAAUGUGAGAUGGCAGCACUAAAACAAAAUCUAACAGAAAGAGAAAGGGAACUCGAGGAUAAAGAGGCUGAACUGGAAUUUCUAAUGCAAGACUCCCACAAAAAACUGAAAGAGGACAAACAGGUUCUCGUAGAAGCUAAACGAAUGGAAACUACAUACAAAGAGAAAUUGAAGGAGUUACAAACACAAUGGGCUUUACUUUGUAGCAGAGAAAAGAAAUUGGCGGAAGAGAAAAUUUUGUUGUCCAGAGAAAGGUUGGCGUUGUACACGUCCCUAAAAGCUUCUAAAGACUGUAUUUUAUGCAGUACUGGUGAAGAAAUAUCUUUUAGCAAAAAUCCAGGAAUAAAUUCUAUUGAAAAUGUUAAGAUACCUGAUUUAAGUUCUGUUAAAAUUCGACUAGAAGCCCUGGACGACGAAGAGAGUGAAGUUAGUAAAGAAGGAAGCGUUCAAAACAAGUAAUUUGGAAAUCUAGCAAAAUGCUUCCAAGAACUAUUCAUUUGUUAAAUAUAUAAUUAUUUUACAACGUUCAUGUACAAGAAUUCGUUCUUUUUUAGAAAUAUGUGAUUAAUAAACAAAUUUACCUACUUAACUAAUUUUCUCUU